GCUAUUAUUUAAUUUCACCUAUUUUUCAUUUUUUAAAAUGUGGCUGUUAGAAAAUUUAAAAUUAGAUAUGCAGCUCGCAUCCUAUUUCUUUGGAUAGCGUUGGAUUAGACCCACUAGGCUGCGCGUUCUGGUCGGGAGGGACCCCAGCCUGCUUCCUUGAAGCAGCAUCAGGCAGGUAGUGGCAGUUCCAGUCCACGGUGACAGCACUGUAAUGUCUGGGAUCGCUUCGAAGAUGGAGAGCCCUGCAGAGUCCCAGAAGAAGGACUUCUGUUGUCAACAGUACUGACAGUGAAACACGGAAGUACUGCCUUCGGGGGACAGUGCGCUUGGAGACCAACGCCCGGCCAGACUGCAAGGAUUUGGACAACUCAGCUCGUCGCUCCGCCUCUUUGCAGCAGAGCUCAGGCCAGUGCAAACCGGUUCAGUGCCCUGACGGACAUCCCGCGUCACCCAAUCCUCUGCAUGGCCCCACCUCCCCACUUCUCGAUGGGAGACCAGGAACGUCAAGCAGUCCCAGUCCCGGGAGGGGGCUCUGAACUGUACUGAUAGCUGACGAAACGGCCGCUGGUGCCACUGGACAGUCGGUGACCAAUGGUGUAAGUGCGGGGGCGGACCUUCGUUAACUCCAAUCUCUCGCCGCCCACUCCGGUACAGUUCGCCCAAGAGCCUGUGGGCAUGGGAGGAGGGGCGGCGGGGCGGGGCCUGAAACGGCUAGAGCAUGCGCAGUGCGGCGCCCGCGACCGGCCCGGGGGUGACGUAGUCUCAGUCCGCGGCGUCCGUGUCCCGCCCCGCCCUCCGCGAACCCGGAGAGCGCUGCGCGGUCGGCGUCUGGAUAGCCGUCACCUCCCCCUCCGCGGCCGUGCAGCACCAUCUUUGUCUGCCGCUUGUGCUUUGUCCAAACGCCAGACCCUUGGCCUGUCGGGGACCGCCGACGAGCAGCUCCCGCGCCGCGCUGGCGUCGUCCUCGUCCCCCUCGCCGCCUCCAGCGCGCGGCCGGGCCUUGCCCCCCAUGGUUUCCCGGCCUGAGCCGGAGAGCGAGGCCAUGGACGCGGAGCUGGUGGUGACGCCGCCGGGGUGUACGCACCUGAGCAGCUUCAAAGUGGACAACUGGAAGCAGAACCUGCGGGCCAUCUACCAGUGCUUCGUGUGGAGCGGCACGGCGGAGGCCCGCAAGCGCAAGGCAAAGUCGUGCAUCUGUCAUGUUUGUGGUAUCCACCUGAACAGGCUUCACUCUUGCCUCCACUGUGUCUUCUUCGGCUGUUUCACAAAGAAACAUAUUCACGAACAUGCGAAGUCGAAACGGCACAAUCUGGCCAUAGAGCUUAUGUAUGGAGGUAUCUACUGCUUUUUGUGUCAGGACUACAUAUACGACAGAGACAUGGAAAUCAUUGCCAAAGAGGAGCAACGGAAAGCUUGGAAAAUGCAAGGUGUUGGAGAGAAGUUUUCAACUUGGGAACCAACCAAACGUGAGCUUGAGCUGCUGAAACACAACCCAAAAAGGCGAAAGAUCACCUCUAACUGCACCAUAGGUCUGCGAGGGCUCAUCAACCUUGGGAACACGUGCUUCAUGAACUGCAUCGUCCAGGCCCUCACCCACACACCGCUCCUGCGGGACUUCUUCCUGUCUGAUAGGCACAGGUGUGAAAUGCAGAGCCCCAGCUCCUGUCUGGUCUGUGAGAUGUCAUCCCUCUUUCAGGAGUUUUACUCUGGGCACCGGUCUCCCCACAUCCCGUACAAGUUGCUGCACCUGGUGUGGACUCACGCCCGGCACCUGGCAGGCUACGAGCAGCAGGAUGCCCACGAGUUCCUCAUUGCAGCCCUGGACGUCCUGCACCGGCACUGUAAAGGUGAUGAUAAUGGGAAGAAGGCCAACAACCCCAACCACUGCAACUGCAUCAUAGACCAGAUCUUCACAGGCGGGCUGCAGUCGGACGUCACCUGCCAGGUCUGCCAUGGAGUCUCGACCACAAUAGACCCAUUCUGGGACAUCAGUUUGGAUCUGCCUGGCUCUUCCACCCCGUUCUGGCCCCUGAGCCCUGGGAGUGAGGGCAGCGUGGUGAACGGGGAAAGCCACAUAUCAGGAACCACUACGCUUACGGACUGCUUGAGAAGAUUUACUAGACCAGAGCACUUGGGAAGCAGUGCCAAGAUCAAAUGCAGUGGCUGCCAUAGCUACCAGGAGUCUACUAAACAGCUCACCAUGAAGAAACUGCCAAUUGUAGCCUGUUUUCAUCUCAAACGAUUUGAACACUCAGCCAAACUUAGGCGGAAGAUUACCACAUACGUGUCCUUCCCCCUGGAACUGGACAUGACCCCCUUCAUGGCGUCCAGCAAAGAAAGCAGGAUGAAUGGGCAGUACCAACAGCCUGCGGAUAGUCUUAAUAAUGAUAACAAAUACUCCUUGUUUGCAGUUGUUAACCACCAAGGGACCUUGGAGAGUGGCCACUAUACCAGCUUCAUCCGGCAGCACAAGGACCAGUGGUUCAAAUGUGACGAUGCCAUCAUCACCAAGGCCAGCAUUGAAGACGUGCUAGACAGCGAAGGAUACCUGCUGUUCUACCACAAACAGUUCUUGGAAUAUGAGUAGCCUUACCCUCAGCUGGUCAGAACAGGGAAGGCAGGAGGUGGCAAGCCCCACAGAGUGAUCACUGACAUCCUGAUAACCACCACCUACACAGAAGUGCCCCGAGAGCAGCAGACUCCUCUGCAGCCUGGCCCAAAGGAAGGCAGCAGCCGUCGGUGCCCAGGAUUGUGGGGUUCGAAUGGACAAGUCCUGGGGUGGGAGGAGGCUCCAGGAGGAACUGCACAACCGAAAAAAUGAAAUGAGGGGUGUAUUCUGCAUGGGAAGGGGCAGAGUAGAUGUGUCACUAGUGUAUCUCCUUUGCUCCUCAAGCAAAUGUGUGGGUGAUUGGGAUGGGGAUACCCCCACAGCAUGGAGCAGCCUUGCCCUGGUGCUUCAGUUCUGCUGCAUGACAGUUAAAAGGCGCUAGCCCAUGUUAAAAUUAUGGGUCCAUUAAAGCAGUAGAGAAGACAAAGAUACUGUGCAAGAAUGGAGGACUUUGCAAGGAUCUUUGUCUUCGUGAGAGUUAGUAUUGAAUAUGUAUAGUAUGGAACUCGUAGCUUCUGUUUUGUCAGCAAAUACCAAGAACCCCCAUCCCCACCCCACCCCAGAGCUUAUGGAACUGAAGACACUAACUGGGGUUUCCAAGCAUGUCUGUUCUGCAGAUAACGUAGCAUCAAACUGCAUGUGGAAAUAUCAGCCUGGGUGUUCUCCCUCGGUUUUCUAGAAAUAGGCAUUUUCUUAUCCCCGUCCCUUUUCCUCUCUUUUUCCACAGUGGUAAAUUUCAUAAAAGUAAUGAUAGUAACGUGAAUGAAUUAUUGAGUUUGUACUGAAAUCUAGAUAGUUUUUCCUUUAUUCUUGAGAGUGACUCUUGCUUUUGGUGCUGUUUUGUUCCGCCCCCCCCCCCCCCCCCCCCCCCCAGCAUCUGUGUCCUGGUCAAAGCUUGUGGAUGCAGCAGAGGAGAAUCAGGCUGCAGCUAAUAACUGUCUCUAUCUUGUUCAUCUUUUGAGAAAAUAAAGCAUUUCUUGGUGGUUUC